UUGGCAGUCCUCUUUAAUGAUGUGAACCACUGCAGCUUUCCCUGACUUGGCUGCCAUGUCCAUAAAACAAGAUCAGCUACUGUUUGGGUGUAAAGUAUUUUGAGCUCUGUGAGAAGAAGAGUCCUGUAGAAAAUUUUGUUUGGUUGAUAAAUGAAGAUACUGGUUGAGUUUUUCACACUUUCUACAUAGGACAGUCACCUAAUAAAGAAGUGGCUGACAUAAGAAUGGAAGUGUGUUGGGUCUUACACAGUAAACUUAAUUUAUGCCUCAUGUUCUUCCCAUUUCCCUUGGCUAACAGUCUUUCUGUCUCUUUCCCCCCGCUCAAUGGUUGCAUGUGCCAAAUACAGAUGGUUGGCCUGACCUAAAUACCCAGUGGGCACUUGGAACUUGAGUUGUGGGAAAACAUGUCCUACAGCAGCAAUGUGGUCACAUUUUGACUGGGACCAGGCCCUCAGGUAGCCUAGGGAGAAGUUACAAUAGAAUGGUUUGGGUUGGAAGGGAUCUUUAAAGAUCAUCUCAUCUACCCUACCCUGCUUUGUCCAGGGAUAACUUUCACUAGAUUAGGUUGCUUAAAGUCCCAUCCAACCUGACCUUGACCUCUUCCAAUGAUAGGGUGUACACAACUUCUUGGGGCAACCUGUUCCAGUGUCUCACCACUCUCAUUGUAAAAAAUUUCUUCCUUAUGUCCAAUCUAAAUCACCCCUCUUUCAGUUCAAAGCUGUUUCUCUUCAUACUGUAACUACAGGCCUUGAUAAAAAGUCUUUCUCUGUCUUUGUUUAUAAGUCCUCUCUAAGUACUGAAAGGCUGCAAUAAGGUCUCCCUGAAGCCUUCUCCGGGCUGAACAACCCCAUCUCUCUCAGCCUUUCUCCACAGGAGAAGUGUUCCAGCCCUCUGAUCAUUUUCAUGGCCCUCCUCUGGACCUGCUCUAAGAGGUCCAUGUCUCUCUUGUGCUGGUGGCCCCAGAGCUGGAUGUUUACCUGGGCAAGUUUUGACAGCUGACUCAGAUGUAUACUCGUCAGCCUGUACAAAAAGGCUUGGACAUGGGGAAAGAGGAGAUACGAGAGAGGUGCACACUUACCCCCAUGCACAAUGCAUUUGUUGGAAAUUGAAGGUGAAAUACAAAUGGACAUGAUAGCCACAAAUAAAUUCCAGCUGUCAGAGCAGCGAGGUUACGGCACCGGCCUUCCCACAGGAACAGUGGGAACAAAAUUCAGCCCGGCUCUUGCUAUUGUUAAUGUGGAAUUUGGUCAACUUAUGAAAGGGGUCUCUGUGACAUGGUGCCUGCAAAAAUAGGGGACUCAGUGACCCAGGAGCUGCCUUCCACAUCUCUUGGGCUCAGGUCAGGCUGACCCUCCAUUACCAAAUCUCAAUAACAGGUUCAGAGUCCUCUACGGCUUCUUGCCUGUCCCAUUGAGCUGGAUCUUCUUGCAAAAGAGCAAAUGAGGAAACAAAGCAGGACCUUUGACCCCUUGCUAUCACUAUAUUAGCUCUGCAUAAAUGCUGGUGUCUCAGAUGAGCAUCUACCUCAGCUUUGGCCCGAGAAAGAAAGGGAAAGCAGGACAGGUAAGAGCUGAACUCUCUGUUUUGGAUGGCAUAGACUUUGUGACUGGUGUAUCUAGAACAUACAGAGGUGAGUGGAGGUGGUCUUCUAUUCUGCCCCAUUUCUUACUGCAAGCAAAAGUGUGAGCCCUUCUCAUGCUCCAUAACCAGGAAUAUUGCUGAAAAGGAGGAGGAGGGUGGGAGUGCUUGAGGUGACCUAGAUUGAAGCUGAGUGAUGGAAGCUCUAGAAGUCACUCAGGGGGGUCAAGUCUGUAGUAGGGAUUGUAGACUUUCAGUGCUGGAAGACAUCUAACCUCUUCCUAGCUACCUUCACCACAGGAACUACAGGCUCUGAAGCAGGUAAGAUCCUCUCUUUAUGCCGUUGGGGAGUAAAUGUAUCCCGUUUGUCUACAAAGGGAGAAACUGGCUCUAGGAUUAAAAAUCAAGGAAGGGUGGUAAGGGAACAACUGCUACUGGUCAGCAAAUGUCUAGUGAAGAUGGAGUGGUAGCUUUUGGAGGUAAUCUGUACACAGAAGCAAAUAAAAACAGAUGGACAUUCCCUUACUGUGCAAUAAGAAGGAACACUGGCUCAUAGCUACCUAGAACAGGAUUUAGAAAAGCAGAUACAUGUAAUAGACAUUGCAGUGUUUUUGCCAUUACUAUUCCUAGCAUGGCAAUGUUUUCUUCAUGUCAUUCUGAGUGAUGCAGCCCUCUAAUUCAGGCCAUAAAUCAAGUUUAACUCCUAAACAUAUUUUUAAGUGUAGUGUGUUUGAAAGGCUUAUUUAGAUGUAAUGUUAUCUUUUCAACAUACCAAGUAACAACAUUUCAAGAGUUCCUCUAAUUCUGGCUUUUUAAAUAGACAGAAUAAAGGAGGUUAAGUUUACAAUUAUUCCCUUUUGAAAACUUGUUCUGCCUGGGUUACUGUCUGCUUUACUGUCUGCUUUGUUAAUCCCAGUGUAGAAAAGAUGAGAACCUAGCUGGGUGUUUCCUCAACUACAGCAAGACAAAAUACUCAGAUCACUGAGAUGGUCAUUGUAUGUGAUGCACUCGCUAGCACAAUGUUCUUUAGAGCAAUUUACAAAAAACAAACAAACAAAACCACAUUAUGUAUUUUUUGGUUGCAACUGUCUGUGGAGGAAACCCAACCUCUGCUAGUUUUAGUGAUUUGCUCUUAUCCUGAAAAAAGGAAUUUUAGCUCUCAUACAAAAGAAGUAACUUUAAUUGUCAUAUAUUUCCUGGAUAUCUAAAAGCUAUUAUUCAUUGUGGAUAUUUGUGAAUAUAUACAUAAAAGUACACUUUCAUUUUUAUACUAUUUUUUCCUUCUUCAGAGGAAAAGCACCAUGAUUUUUCCUGUUCUUUUCUUCAUUUAUUGGUUAGGUUUGUUGCAAAAAUCUGGUGUUUAACUGAUAUGUUUUAUUUCUCUGAAAACAAACGAAAUAUUAUAUGCUGACUCCAGCAGGUCUCUUGGUGUGGAGAGCGGAACCCGUACUGCAAACCAUGCUGCAAUCCAGGGCACUGCUGAUAGCUCUGAUUCUGCUCUUUAGCACUGCUGUCCCCGAAGUGCACUCAAAGGCCAUCUUUGAAAAAGACCGUCGUGACUGGAUGGUCAUUCCCGACGCGAUUGCAGCUUACAUCCAUGAAGCUGUGAACAAGGUGUCUCCUAGAGUUGCUCAGCUCUUGGUGGAUGCUGCCCAGACUCAACCAGUUGUUGUGACCAGGAACUUCCUCAUCAAAGAAACAACUAAACUCAGUAUACUGGCUGAACAGCUGAUGGAAAAAAUAAAGAACCUGUGGUAUACAAAAGUCCUAGGCUACUAGCCAGAUGAAGACAGGUCACUGUUUCCUGAUGGGAGCUGGUAGCACCUCACAAUGUCCUUUUUUCCCCUGCCCCUACUAUGGACCAAGAUCAGUCAAUAAGACAGAAUCGAUGCUCCUCUUAAUGCCACUAGAGGAAACCCAGCUUCAAAGACCAAAGGAUGGAAAGAAUUCGCUAAGUCUCCCCCAAAAAGAAACAUCUGCUGGGCAUGGGGAAGACAAUGAGAUUGUCAAGCUCUUCUGUAGCCAAAUCCUGAAAAUUAAUUCCUCCUGAAUGGCUUGGCCAUUGCCCCUCUAAUAAAAGAAAUGUUGGUUGUUACACUUC